AUGAAAAAUCGAUACAAGUACAUUUUCAUAACAGACGCUCGUGAUGUUAUAUUUCAACGAAACAUAUUUGAUUAUGUGAAUCAAUAUGAUGAGGGUCUUUUCGUAUUUCAAGAAUCUGUUAAAAUGACUAUUAAAAAAUGCAGUUACAAUUCCAAAUGGAUUAAAGAUUGUUACGGUGAUACAGAACUUGAACGUAUUGGAAAUCGUUCAAUUAUAUGUGCUGGUACAAUAUUAGGUUCAUGGAGACCAAUGCUUGAUUAUCUUUCGAUCGUUGAACAAAUUACCAGAAGCAAAUAUCGACAAUGUAACGAUCAAGGUAUUCAUAAUUAUAUAGUUCACAACAAUGUUAUUAACAACACUAAAAUUCAUAUUAUUACACACGAAAAUGGCUUUGUAGCGACACUUGGAUAUCGAGGAAUUUACAUUCGUAAUAAAUUUGGACUUAUCCUGAAUCGAAAUGGACAAGUCUAUGCUGUUAUUCAUCAGUUCGAUCGAAUCAAGCAGAUAAAUGAUCAAUAUAAUAUCGAAUAUCAAUUAUGGCCUACUCUUACACAACAGUAG